AUGAAUCCAGCACAUGCAGACGCUGUGCAGUUUUCCAACAAUCGAGUUACUGACUCGUCCGCUGCAGCGAUCAAAGGUUUUAAGGAAGUGGCCAAGAAACUCUGUAAGCAAUACAUUAGAAGAGAUUUCUUACAAGCGAGGAAGCUAUUCCGAAUAGUGGAGGAUAUUUGUCCUGUCAAACGACUUGCUAUUUACCGAGCUGUGAAAUUUCUCAUCAGUGUCCGAAAAGGAGACAUCACUGGCUCGACGUGGGACUUCAAUUCUGAAAACGAAGAACAUAAUGUUUAUCCAACACUUGAGGAAAAGCGACAGAUUGACCAAGGACUUGAGGAAGUAGCUUCUAGCAUUUUUAGAGAAGCAAGGGAGAAACUUGGAGAAAAUCAUCAUCAAGUGCAAAUUUGUUGCACAGAUUCUCAGCCCAUAAUGGGAAAUGCAGUCAGUCAAUCCAUCCCCCUCGGUUCAGAAGCUACCAACGUGUAUGAUUUUCCAUCUUCUCUUCAACAACCCCCAAUUCCAGAAAAUGAGAUUCAAAAUUGGUUGCAAAAUGAAGUUUUUUCAGCAUGUUCAAACUUCCAAGAGGAAUCUGGAUUAAUCAACAAUAUUCUUCUAACAUCCUCUGACAUUUCAACUACUACCAAACCUUGCCCCUCUUUAGAUGAUUUAAGUCAUCUUUACCCACAAAUCAGCAGAGCUGGGAAUCAAUCGGGAUUACCCAAUGUUAAAGAAUAGAGGGAUUGGGG